GGGACACCAUUUCCUCAUGAUCUAUUUCUAUUAUAUGGAAUAUUUGAAUCAGAAGGUCGUACAACUAGUAUAUAAGGUAGAACAAACUUCAUUCCAUCAUAGUUGAAAAUCUACAGCUAACAACUAGCAGAAUGAACUCAUUCGUGAUCACAAUCUUGGCGUGUGUUGCUGCCGCCUCAGCUGCUCCCAGCCUUCUAGCUCCUGGAUGCUGUGGAGGUGCUCUACUAAUACCACCUAGUGCUGCAGCUACCAUUGUCGGUCCAUCAAUUGGCAUCGGUGUUGCAGCUCCUCUAGGUAUUGCAGCUCCUCUGGCUGUUGCCGCACCAGUUGCAACUGGCGUAGCUGCCAUUACCGCUGGAGGUGGUUCUAUUGCUGCUACCGGUUUAGGAGCUGCUGUACGAGGACCACCAACUGCUCCUGUUGUGAUUGCUGGACCCUCUGGUAAAAUCGCCGCUGAUGGACUUUGGGGACCAACAGCUAAUAUUGGAGGAUUAGGUGCUUUGGGAGCUGCGUGGUAGAUUUAGGAUCAACGAAUGGCAUUUCCGACUCAGACUGAUUUAUGACCUUGUGAUAUCUCCUUCUUUUUUUGUAGGUAACAGUUCGAUGUUUAGUCAAUAAAAUCAAUAGAUGUUUUCAUACAA